ACAUGUUUAAGGUACAAACAGACACGAACACGAACCUGCAGUACACGGUCGGACGGACCAGUCGAAAGCGAACGCCGCCACCCUUAACCCUAGAACCUCUUCCACACGGCGUCGCCUCCCUGCUCUGCUCGCCCCUCUCGCUCUCUCGGCAAACCAGCGACGGCGACCCCUCUUCACGGCUGACCCCAUCCUCCUCUCGGGCGUCGGCAGAUCUACAAGCGCCGGUACCCUCUUCGUCGGCGGCCCACCCAACCCAGCGGUCCUUCCUAGCCAUGGCUGGGAGGCACACCAUUAUUCUGAUGCAACCAUCUCAAAAUAGGGGCACUAGGACAUUUAUGGAUUACAAUUCAGUUAACCAUGCAUUGGAUGGAAUUUGUGGUCUCUAUGAAAGGAAAAUCAGGGAUAUCAACCCAAUGAUUCCAAACAUAACCUAUGAUAUCACUGACCUGUACAACUUUAUCGAUGGCCUAGCUGACAUCAGUGCGCUAGUCUAUGAUCACACCAUCCAGGCAUUUCUGCCGUACGACCGGCAAUGGAUAAAGCAAAAGUUGUUUCAGCACCUUAAGAAGCUGGCUCAAAGAUAGUGAGUGCUGGUUUGAUAUGCUGUCACUGGUGGGCAAGCAUGCUUCUGAUAAUUGUUGUCUGAUUUGUGUACCAGAAAGGUGUUUCUUGUAAAAUGAUGAGAAUUUUACAUGGCAUGCUUAUAUUCUGGAGUUGAACUCAUAUCUCGGUGGUGGUUUGGCUCUGGUACCCUAUAUUAUAUCAGAUAAACGAUAUUUGUUGCUUUGUUUGUGCACAAA